AUGUUGUAUUCUAUUCGUGAAAGCGAAGCUGAAGGCAAUAUAUCAACAGAUUCAUAUACUGCCAACAAAUCUCUUAAUCAGGAUACUAUUUUUACAAAAAAGAGUUCCAGUAAAUCAUUACCAAAAAGACAAAAAGAUUUAGAUUAAGAAAUAUAAAAUUUGAAUAAUGUUAUAACUUAAUUGAGAAAGGUAGAAAAUUUACUUCUCAGUUAAAUCAAAGAUCUAAAAAAUUAAUUAGAAGUUCAAUACAAAAACUCUAAUAAAGAUCAAGAAUGUAUAGAUGAAUUAAAUAAAGAACUUAAUCAAUUAUCAAAUAAAUUACAUCAUGAGAUUAUGCACAAUAGUUAAUAAUAAAAAUCUAAUAUUGAGUUACAAAAGUCGAUUCUUAAACUUGAACAAGAUCUAAUUACAAGUAAUUAAAAAAAUUAAGAUAUUUCAGAAGAAUUGCAAAUCAUAAAGUAUUAUUAUAUUAAGGAAGAUCUAAAUAUUCCCAUGAACAUAAAUUUGUUGAAUCAUUAUUGCAUAUGGUGAUUAGUUGCCAUCCUGAAAAUUCUUUUAGAGAGUAGCCAUCAUUAAAGUAAGCCUGGAAAUGGUUGAAAUCCAUUCUAUCUGAUUAUUUAUCACUCAAACAAAAAACUAGAAACUAUUAAGAAGGCUCUAGUCAAAGUUCUAGUUCCACAAAUAAAUGA